AAGAACUCGGCACAAACACACACAAAACACAGAUAAAAGGAAUUAAAAAGUAAACAGCAUUAGAUCAGGAAUUAAAGUUUAAAAUAUGAAAUAACAUUACAAUAUAAUAAGAAUUAAUACGAAAUAUUAAAACCUUCAAGUGAAAAUGGAUACAACUGCCGAACGCCAAGUUAGAUUGGAGGGCGUGGAACGGGUGCUCAAGAUGUCGCAGGAGCGCAUUAAGAUCGCCAUGAUUAUUCCGAAACUUCUGGAGCACCCGGAAAAGCUGAAGAGCGUGCUGAAGGGCACAUGUUACGAGGAGGUCCUCGAACCCAUCGACAGCCUGAUUCACCAACUGGGAAAACAGACUGGCCACUCAAAACUACCCCACGAUCACACCACAAUGCGAAUCGUUGACUUCUUCCUGAUGAAUCAUAAAAUUCACCGAUUCUUCCCGCACAUGAUGCAUAAUCUCAACGAAAGAGAUCGCCAGUUAUUGGCCGCCUUUCACUUUCUCCUGGAUAGUGCUCACAUGCACCUUCAUCGGUCUUCAAGGAGCGAGAUCACCAAGGAGCGAAAGCUACAUGCCAUUUACCACCAGAAUGUGGAUAUCCAGAAGAAAAUCAAGGAACUUAAGGCCAGUCUGGCCUUCCAGCAGGUAAUUGGCAAGUGGAAAACUGCGGCCAAGGGCAUCUAUCUGAUGAAGGUCGAAGAGGAUCUGGCCAACAAAAAGUGGCAAAACAACGUGGCUAUUCAGAAUGAAAUUGAAAAAUGCAACCGAACUAUGCGAAGUUAUCACAAGGGCAGCAUGGAUCGCCAAAAAGAGUUGGAAGAAGAACUGAUUUUGGCACGGGAAACUUACGAAAAGAUGACCAAAAAAAACCUGUCGGAAGAACACGAGUUGAGAAGCGAAAAAAACAAAUACCUUUUGCAACUGCAAAGUCUGCUGAAAAAAUACGAUGCAAGUCUGGGCGAAAAGAUGCGCGAGAAUCUGGUGGCGCAGGAUCAGUUUCUGGUGGCCAAGAAGAUCCUGGACGACUACAUGGUCCAGUUCAAGCAGGAGGAGCGUGUCUACAAGAAUAUUGUGGUAAAAAAGGAGGAGGAGGAGCGUCGUAUUCAGCAGCAGAAGUUGGUGAUAUUCAUGAUGAAUCGAGCGGCGGCCAAGAUUCAGAAAUACUGGCGCAAGUGGAAGAAGGAUCAGCGCAAAAAGAAGCGCCAGGGAAAGGGAAAAGGAAAGAAGGGAAAAUAGUCGGAAAAUGGCAGCUUUACUUAUUAUUUCUAUGUUGUACAAUUCGUAUGUAGAAAUAAAUUUAUAUGUACACAUAA